AUGGGGAGGAGGCGGGAGGACAGGAAGAAAGCUGUCACCCAGGCCCAAGAGGAGAGGCUUACCGAGGGGGAGAAAGUGGGCACUGAGCCAGCAGAGGUUCAAAUACUUUUUUUCUCAUUUCCUAGACAUAUAGAUAGCCUCCGCCUGCCGAAGUUUUCCAUCUCGGGUGACUAUAAUCUGAAAAACAUACUUCCCCUGCUGGGCAUUAGGGAAGUCUUCACCAAGGAGGCCGACCUGUCAGGGAUCACGGGGGCCAAGAACCUCGUGCUCUCCCAGGUGGUCCACAAGGCCGUACUGGAUGUAGCUGAGGAGGGCACAGAAGCAGCUGCUGCCACAGGAAUCAAAAUGGUCCCCAUGUCUGGAAGAAUGGACCCGAUGUUAACUCUGAAUUUCAACUUCCCCUUUCUGCUGAUCCUCCAAGACAAGGACUUGGACAACAUCCUCUUUAUGGGCAGAAUUAGAGAGCUCUAGUAAGCCUAGAGCUCCCCUCCAAGCAGUGGGGGUCCCGCUAAGGAGCCGGGAAUGGAAGCCGGGUGCCGGGUCUCUGGGCAUAGCCUGGUUCUGUCUGCUCAUCCUUAGGAAGGUGACAGUGACUGCCUGUGUGGCUUCCACAUGCAUAGGCAGCCUCCUGACAGCAAUAAACUGUCUUCCUUGUACUGGA